CUACGAGCGUCCUGAAUCCACUCCUGUGACUGAUCCAGAGCACGGCACGGAUUAUCUCUCUUGAUGAAUAUAUAUAGUCGUGGCUGGAUUGUUCUCGUGACUUCUGCGUCGGCAUUUGCCGCAUCGUGGGGAUCGCCAGAAAUCCAAUCGAGACCUAAGAAUAAGUGCGUGGCCAUGUCAGGCCCCCCUGAAGCUGAACCUCUGCUUCCCAGACAAGAUUAUGAUCUAGAGAAUGGGGACAAAAGCAGAGACAAACAGUGGCGGGAAUGGACUGCGGAGACCUUGGAAUCGCCUCGUACACAUACGUUAAUCAUCUUACUGAUUGCUAUAGAUGCUGCGUGUGUUUUAGCUGACCUGGCCUAUUCUCUCUUAUCACCUACAUGCACACCCGUAGAGGGUGAAGACGCACCUAUCUGGCUCAACGUGACAGCGCUCAUAUCCCUCGUCAUAAAUUGUCUAUUCGUUCUUGAAAUUCCACUCACAAUAUGGUCACUCGGUUGGAAGAAAUAUUGGCCGUUCGGACCUGCACCUCACGCCAGUUUGCAUUUCUUCGAUGGCGUCAUCAUAAUUACCACAUUCGUCCUGGAGGUAGUGCUGAGGGGAAAAGAAAGGGAGCUCGCCGCUUUGCUUAUUAUCCUGCGUCUCUGGCGGCUGGUCAAGUUGGUUGGGGGUGUCGCAGUGGGAGCUGGCGAAAUUCAAGAGGAUAGCGCGAGAGACCUUGCAGAAACCAAACUUGCACUGCAAGAGGCGAACGAGCGCUUACAAGCUGUUGUUGAAGAGAAUCAGCAACUUCGCGCCCGGCUACGUGCGUACGAGUAGAACACGUUGUCCGACAAAGAUCAGUCUAGACAGGGCCCAUCCGAAGGGUGGUCAAGAGGGUCGGGAAUGAUACCUUCACGUUAUGCUACGGACUUAGUGUUGGCAUUGAUAGGAACAAAUGGAUACCCAGAUGUUUUCAGCGAAGAAGAAAUCCUGUACAAACGAGGGACAGGAAUAUUUGGAACACCGCGGCCACUAUUGAGCGGAAGCAUCAUCAUUGUCUUUUAGCCCUUCCUUGGUGUCCUUGGUGCAAGCAUCUUUGUAUUUCCUUUGUUUAAUAUGUGGUUGCUUUGGGUUUGGUCUUAUUUAGCAGUUAUGACCUUGGCUGACUGUAGCGGAGUUGGCCAAAUCAUAUUGUCAUUUCGUCAUGUCAUACAUGUGUUGUCAGG